UAUAAGUUCUUGGCGCCGGCGCGAGCUUGGACACAUUCAUUCUGCAGAACUACCGGGAACCUCAAAUUCGGCAACCUUAAUUAUUUGUAAGCAGAAAUGACAAGACGAAGUGGUCGCCUCCAAUCCAAAUCCGAAAGUGUAACGCCACAGUCAAGGAAAAUGACCAGAAUGAGAAGAGAGCAAGGUUACAAAAAGAAAACCUCAAAGAGACAAAGUGGUGAUGUACAGAAUCAGCGGGCUGAAGAGGAGUCAUGCAGUGAUUCCCCAAUGAUUGGGAUUGAAACCUUAAAUGAAAUUGUGCUACCCUCACCUCUUCCUACUCUUAGCUGGGGCUGCUCAGAAGAUGUGUGGGUGAAGAUGUUGAGUAAAGACCUGAAGUACCAGCACAACAAGAGCCUCACUGAGCGCCACCCCAGUAUACUGCCCAAGAUGAGGGCCGUCCUGCUUGACUGGCUUAUGGAGGUUUGUGAAGCGUAUAUGCUCCAUCGACAGACCUUCUACCUUGCACAGGACUUCUUUGAUCGGUAUAUGCUGACCCAGGAAGGAGUUGACAAGAAUCGCCUCCAGCUCACAGGCAUAACGGCUCUUUUCAUUGCCUGUAAAAUAGAGGAAAUUAACCCGCCAAAGCUUCUGGAAUUGGCCUACGUCACAGAUGGGGCUUGUUUUGAGGAGGAAAUCCUUCAUAUGGAGCUCAUUAUGUUGAAGGCCUUAAACUGGGACCUGUGUCCUGAAACGGUGAUCUCCUGGAUGAAGCUCUACCUCCAGAUGGCAUCUCUGUAUGACCAAACCAACCUCCUUGUUCCGCAGUUCUCCACGGAAACAUACUUAAAGGUCACACAGCUCUUGGACUUGUGCAUCCUUGAUGUGAACGCUCUGGACUUUCCGUAUGGACUGCUUGCUGCUGCUGCUCUGUGUCACUUUACUCCUGUAGAGGUCGUCCAGAGGGUCUCUGGCCUCACCUGGGAUAAGCUGCUCCCAUGUGUGGAUUGGAUGGCCCCGUUCGUGGAGACAGUGGUUGGAUACGCAAAUGUUCCACUUAAACAGUUUGAGAGGGUUCCUGAGGACGACUGGCAUAACAUCCAGACACACGGCAGCUACCUGAACAAGCUGGAUGAGGCCCAGCAGAGACAAUUUGAGAGCUCGUUUGUUCCCCUCACCCCACCCGGCAGCUCUGAGAAAACCGCCUCGUCAUCUUGAGACCAGACACAUGCCAUGCCUGCUGGGAAACGCAGUUCUUCUGUGACCAAAAUGGGAUUUCUUCCCCAAAAAUUUCUGGAACCACUUGUUUGGAGAAGACCUAAAAAUGUUGCUUCAUUCGAUGGAAAUCAGUUGUAUUUUUAUUUUAUUAUUGUGUGUGGCAUAUAUAAAUUCAUCUUUUGUUUUCUCCAUUGGGAUGGAAAACUGAUGCAUUAUGUGAAACAGGUGUUUUCUACCUUGUAGUGCUCAAAUAUGAGCAUAAUAUCAUUA